AUGGAUAUUUUGAGAAUUAAGAAGAGAAGAAGUGCACAUAAGGCUGUGAUAACACGUCAACUUGGCAAAUUAGAAGAAUAUGCGGGCGAUAAUACGCACUUUACUACCGUUCUUGAAACUCUACGCAACAAACUUAUGGCGCUGGAAGAGAUCAACGAGGAGAUAAUGUCGCAGGUAGAUGAGGUAGACCUGGAAACUGAGAUGCUCGAGACUGAGGACUAUAUGCUGGAAGUUCGGCUACGCAUUGGAGAUUUGGAGGCUCAACACCGCGCUGCUGUGGAGAUCACCCGUUCCCCACAAAUUACCCUUGAGAACAACACACUUGAUGAGCCCCUAAAUAGUAACAACCAUGAGACCGCACAACCCGUGCACAGUAACACCGAAGGAACUUCCGGGAACCGAAAUAAUAGCACAUCGGCUAAUAACGUAAGUGAAAUUUCAAUUCAGUCUGCAACACAGUUUCAUAAACUUCCGAAGCUUACAUUACCAAAUUUUACUGGAGACAUUUUGGAGUGGCAAACAUUUUGGGACUGUUACGAGUCAAGCAUACAUAACAACAUGUCACUAUCUGAGGUGCAGAAAUUUUGCUAUCUGAAAACUCUAUUGUCCGACGAUGCUGCCAGUGUGAUUGAUGGUUUGAAUGUUACACAUGGAAACUAUUCAGAAGCUAUACAUUUACUCAAGGAACGUUUUGGUCAGACACAUAAAGUUGUAAAUGCGUACAUGCAAGGUUUGCUGGAUUUACCUAGACCAACUUCCCAACUGUCCAGUCAAAGACCUUUUCAAGAAAAGAUGGAGGCAUAUAUCCGUGGUCUACAGUCCCUAGGUCAAGGUCAUGAGUCCUUUGGAAAUUUACUUAUACCGGUCAUACUUGAAAAACUUCCGGCGGAGAUCAAGCGGAACAUGACACGCGACCAUGGCGGGAGUGAAUGGCGACUUCCGGUACUUAGGAGAGCGUUAAAGAAAGCGAUAAAUAUAAUAGAUUCAGGCCAGCCAACACAGACUACAUAUGAACAUUUGGCAACUGCAUCUUUCCUUACAAGUACAAGACCAACACAAAAGAAGAAAAGUUUAAAGCACAUACAAGAAGUACAAAUACCCCAACGCCCCCAAUGUCCAUUCUGCAGUGAAAAUCAUUUUGCUAAUGACUGUAAAAACAUCAUUAAUCCUAGGGAGAGAAAAGCCAUUAUUCAUCGCAAGAAACUGUGUUUCAACUGUUUAGGCAAACACAUUGUUGCUUCCUGUCGCUCAAAACACCGCUGUAGAAAAUGCAACCGGAAACACCAUACCAGCAUUUGCGAUCAGAGUAUCGGAAGCUCACUGAACACAUCGGCUCCAAGUUUUCGUCCCUACUUCCGGUAG